UUUUCCCUAUCCAUUUAAAAAUAAAAAUUCUUUAAUUCGCCCGCCUAUGUCGGCGAAAUGUUAAACAACGUCCGGAUGCCAAAUUUCGUGAAACGAUUGCACGAUUAAAGAUUAUUUCAAAAUGAAUUGGCAGCAUAUUUCUCCGAAUCUGCGAAUUCUUUGAUCAUUUAAGCUUGCUACUCUGGCGUUGGCCGAAACCCUAACCAGAUAUUUGGAAUAUUGACGGUGUAUACGCUCAAUUUUGUAAGACAUCCUCUGGUUAUAGCUAGGCACAAUGGACUGUGUUUCUGGUGCCGAGGACAGAGAGUCUUUGCCCAUACUACAGGUGAAUAGUUGGGGUCCAGUGCAGCUAGACCUGACAGAGGUUAAAGAGGCUUCCCUCUCACCCGGAAGAGAUUUUUUGCUUUUGCUUUCCCACAAUUGUGAGGCUUUGCUUCUUCCCCUUCAGAAUGAUCUUCGAAAGCAGGCUUUGACUGCUAGUUUGUCUUCAUUGCCAGUUUCUCCACAACAGCCUGCUUCACCAAAGGACCAUAGCCAAGAUUCAGCUGAGCCAAAAUUCUAUACACCUCUUAGCUCAAAAGCAAGGAGGUUUUCUAGCCCUAAUUCUUUGUCCAUGUGCACUCCUGAAGGCACAGAUAUACUGCAAUCUACACCAUUUUAUACUCCAGCAUAUACUUCUUUUAGAAACUGUAAUCAAGCACAUGACAUGCCAUCAUAUAAUCAAUAUGUGACUCCUGAAAUGCACCCUUCCUCUUCCUAUAUGGAACCUUCAUCAACUGGCAGAGAGAGCCCUUCAUGUUCAACUUCCAGCCGUUUUCCUUGUAUCUCUGAUGUCAGAUCAUCAGCUUGGGGAUGCCCAGGUGAUGAAUGCACCGGAAAUGAAUAUGGUGGGAACUUUAAACAGCUUCUUUUUGUGUCAGGUAAGCGUGGGCUCAUAGUUCAUGCUUUCUGUAGUGAUGAAUUAGAGUAUGGCAGGACAAGUAUGGGGCUGAAUGCCUCAAGAGAAGCAGGUGGGAAGGAGCCAGCUGACAUAAGGAAUGCAUCAGGAAGGUUAGUAAAUUGGGGACCUGCUGGUGUUUUGGAUGAUUGUUUUGCAGAUGUGGCUCAUUCAAGUGAACAAAGCAAUACGUACAAUAGAAGUGGGUUUCAGGAACAAAUCAAUAUCACUGGUGAAGUUGGAGGAAGGGGUAAUGAGAAAACAUCAGGGACUGAAGAUUCUAGUAGAAAUUCUACCUCAAAGAGAUGGUUGGAGUCUUUUCUUAUAGAUAUGGAGAUGGAGGAAUCUGGAGGCAAUAUUAAUGCUAAGUUUCCAAUGAAGUCUUCAAUCCCUUCUUCAGCCAAGGUGGUCUCUUUCUAUAUUUCUUGUACAUCUUCGGCAUUUUUGCAUUUUAUUAGGUCUGGAGGGAAAGCAUUGCCUCAUGCUACAGAUGAUCCUGGGUUAAAUUCUAUCAUAAAAAAGGAACAGGAGAGCAGGGAAAUGAAUCAAUCGUUAACCACUGGUUCAGUUCAACCACUUGACUCUUGGUCUGGGGAUAAGAAUUGUUCUGGUGUUGUUUCAGAGAAAUUUUCUUCGACUGAUAGGAACAAUGGUCUUAAAAUCACAUAUGAAUUUUCCAAGCUAUUUUCAAGCCCUUCUCAUAGAGUUGUUGGGAUGGUUUUGACAGGGCAGGGUUGUAUAUCUGAAGCAGUUGAAAAGUGUUCUUCUAAACCUGAAGUUGAGCUUUUUCUUUUAGUUGCAAUGGUACAUGAAUGGGGGAUAAGCUGGACAUGCUCAGUAGAUCUUCAAAAUUUGGCGUUAAGCUUAAUGCCAGACAGCUGUUGGUCAGCAUUUCAGUUAUCCGAGGAUGUUCUUUUUGGCCUUAAGGAAUCGGGCAAUAUUUUCAUGUGGGCUGCAAUGACUGGUCAAUUUGUUGGCUAUAUUGAUGUCAUGUAUCACUGUGGAUUAGAUUUGGGACCACAUACUCAUAUGGAAGAAGGGCCUGGGCAAGUAAAUAAUUCGCCAGAGGAUGAAAUUGAACAAAGUGGAACGAGCAGGGUAGAAAAACAAUCUGGCUGUGAAACGGGUACAAAAUUGCUGAAUUUGCAAAAAAGUGAGAAAGUCAGACCUGGGUAUUGCUUCAGAGGGUUGUCGGUGACAGCAAACUCAUUGCUGAUUGCUGCUACUGACAAGCAUGGAUUGGUUUAUGUGAUCUCUACAGAUGAAUAUUUUGCAGGCUCUGAAGGAGUUUCUGAUAAAUCCAGAUCAUUAUCUGAACCUCUAAAUUUUUCUGAUCUCAGUGUUCUCUCUUGCUGGGAAGUAGCAGGCUCUAGUAUUGGGAGUCAAAAAAAGUGCAGCGAUCUUCCAAAUCGCUACUGGCUCAAGUCUUUUACUGAUGGAAAAGGAAAAGACAUUCACUGUAGUGAAGAAAUUGCUUCAAGGAGUAACCGAGCUGCAUGUUCUAAGCCUGCAGCUAUUCAAGUCUCUCCUGAUUCCAGUGGGUUUGUGAGCAAUUUACAUAGAAAGGAUAGGCUUAUAUUUUCUGAAGGAAAAAAUGUACAAGCUUUACGUAGAGUUUUUCUUCCCUCAGAACAGUCUGACUCAGAUGCUAUUAUUUCUUUGGGUCCCUAUGGAGUCACGAAGCUUGUUCACACCAGCAAUUUGAAGACAGCCAUGAAGGAGUUCAAAGUUGUCCAUGCUUCACUACGUCUAGCUGGCGUCAUUCUUGAGGAUAGAGACUUGGAUGCUAAUCAUAAAUUCACAGGUUCCAGAUACAUGGGAAAGGAAAAAAGGUUUCUGGGAGAAGUUAUUGGUUUUUGUUCCGAAGGAUGUCUAUACAUGGUCUCACAAUCUGCACUUCAUGUUGUCUUACCUCCACUUUCAGUUUCCCCAAGUGUCCCAAGAUCUUCACCUCGAGGACAAUUGCUGUCUAGAGGCAUUGAUGUCUUCGAUUUUUCUACUCAGUAUGGAAUUCCACUUUCUGUUGAUUGCAAAGGGGUACCAUAUCAACCAUGGCAAAUUGAAGUACUAGACAGGGCUCUUGUGUUUGAUGGCCUCAAAGAAGCUGAACACCUAUCAGCAGAGAAUGGAUGGAGCCUUAAGACAACAAGGUUACGUCGACUUCAACUAGCAUUGGAUUAUUUGCAAUGUGAUGACAUUGAAAGGGCUUUGGAGGCACUUGCUGCUGUAAAUGCUGCAGAAGAAGGUGUUCUUCAAGUUCUUUUUACUGCUGUUGAACAGGUGCUUAGUAAAAUUGGUGGUGAUAAUGAAAUUGCACAAGCAUCACGGCUUUUGGCUUUAGCUGCCCAGUUUGCUACGAAAAUGGUAGGUUGCUAUGGAAGAUUGAAGUGGAAACGGCACACUCAUCAGUUUGAGAUUCGCAAUGUGCAAGCUGCAAACUUUAUGGAGUCACCAUCUUUACUAAAUAGUAGGUUCAAUGAUGCAAACAUUUCAGGCAAGCUUUGUGAAAUGGCUGGUCUUUUAGAGGUUAUCAGAAAUCUACAACGUCGUGUGAAUGGAAAGCGAAAAAGGUCAAUCCAAGGAAUGGAAGUUGGAGAUGAAAUGUCAUCUGUGCAUUCUGGACCUCAAAAUAGUGUUGCGUUAUCUGAUUCACGUGAAGACAACCUUGUAGGUGGAGUCUCAAUUAAGGUAGCAGGUGUGCUUGGUAGUGAGAUCAUUGAUGAGGGCCAGGGUAUCAAAAAAGUGCUGGCUUCAAAUGGAUCAGACCAGCUUGCAUUGUCACCAUUAGGUAACUUCAUAUCCAUGACUGGAUAUUUGAAUUCAGGGAGUUUCAGUGAGCUUUCUGUCAGCACAUCACCCAUUGAUGUAAGGAAUAAGCAACUUCUUCCACUUGAGAACCCCAAAGAUAUGGUCAGGCGGUGGGAGGUGGAGCAAGUAGAUUUAACUAAUGUUGUUAAGGAAGCUCUGCAAUCUGGGCGGUUGCCCUUAGCAGUUCUUCAGCUUCAUCGGUUGCAUUCCAGAGAUUUAUCAAAGCAAAGAGAGCCUUAUGAUGUUUCUAAGGAGGUGCAAGAAGUUGGAAAAACUAUUGUAUAUGACUUGUUUUGUGAGGGAAAGACAGCUCUAGCCAUAGCUGCAUUGCACAGGCUUGGAGAAGAUGUUGAAGCCAAUCUUAGAGAGUUGGCAUUUGGUACUGUAAGACGGUCUCUUCGCUCUCAAGUUACCCAGGAACUGAAAAAGCACAGCUGUUUGAGAUCUCGUGAUGUUAAGAUUUUGGAGAGAGUAUUACUUCUUGAGAGAUUGUAUCCAAGUGGUAGCUUUUGGAGCACAUAUGCUGCACGUCGAAGGCCUCUGCUUGUAAAUAAUGUGGUGGAAACCUUAGUGGAGGAGUCUAAGUUGAAGCUGAUUUGCACAUGGGGACCAUUUAGGGAUUAUGCAAUUGAAUGUGGAGACAUAGAUGGAGUUGUUAUAGGUUCAUGGAGCUCCCUCAGCAGUGAAGAAGGUUUCUUGUCUGCACAGACUGAAGAUAGUGCUAGUGCUGGAUAUUGGGCAGGUGCAGCUGUCUGGUUAGAUGCCUGGGAUCAACGAACAGUCGAUCGUGUAAUUUUGGAUCAACCUUUCUUCAUGGGAGUGCACAUAUCAUGGGAGGCACAGUUUGAGUAUUUCAUUGCUCACAAUGAUUGGGAGGAGGUUUCAAAACUCCUUGACAUCAUUCCUCCAUCUGUCUUGAAAGAAGGCACGCUGCAUAUUCAAUUGGAUUUUGAAGAUUCAUAUAUGACAUCGUCAUUCAAGAAAGUAAAUGGAACUGAACAUUUUAGUCUUGCUCAUUCUAUGCAAGAAUUGGAUGUAGUAGAGAUGGUGUUACCAGAAAUUAAACUUCUAAGGUUUUCUCUCGGACAUGGAUGUGCAAUGUCAAUGAGAAAGUUGAUAGAGGAAAAGUUGGCAGAGAACUUCAUUUUUCUGCAGGAUUAUUGGAAAGGUACACAAGAGAUCAUAUCAUUACUUGCAUCUGCAGGCCUUAUAUUUAACAUGUCCAAAAAGUUCCCAUCUACAGAUGUGGAUUUAGAAUUUUCAGAUUUAGAAUUUUCAGAUAUUCAAUAUGGAAAACUGCAGAAGGACACAGUCCAGGCAGUUCACAAACUUGUUUUGCAUCAUUGCAUAAAGCAUGAUUUGCCACAUCUUUUGGACUUUUACCUGGAUAGUCACUCAUUGGCCCUUGACAAUACGUCUUUAUCUUUAAUGCAAGCAGUUGCGGGAGAUUGCCACUGGGCACAGUGGUUGCUUUUGUCAAGGAUAAAGGGAUUUGAAUACGAUGCAUCUUUUUCCAAUGCACGAUCAAAUCUCUCACGAAAUGUAACUCCUGGUAGAAAGCUUGAACUUCCUGAAAUUGAAGAUCUUAUACCUACCGUAGACGACAUGGCUGAGGGAGGAUGGGAGAAGGCUGCCCUUGCAACUUUAAUGUAUGCUCCAGUUCCCCUGCAGAGAUGUUUGUGCAGUGGAAGUGUAAACAGGCAUCGCAGGACUUCAUGGCAAUGCACUGUUGAGAACCUUCGUCCAGCUCUGCAAAUUUUUCCCACACUCUGGCGUUCGUUACUAGCAGUUUGCUUUGGUCAAGAAGCAUGCAGUAUCCCCUUAAGUCCAACUGCAAAGAGUGUUAGUUUAUCAGUGCGUAAAUCUGGUCUCUUUGAGUACUCAAAUUGGCGGGAUGGCCUAUUUUCAUCAGCUGGUGGUGAUACGUCACUGUUACAGAUGGUUCCUCGCUGGUUUCCCAAGGCUGUCAGGAGAUUGCUUCAGCUCUCUAUGCAGGGACCUGUUGGAGGCCGCACAGCUGCAGUUAAUACAACAGUUUCAGAGGCAUUCGAAGGUGGGAGGACAAAUCGAGUUCCUGAUGUUGAAGGAGCUGAGGAGGUUGAUGCGCUUUCAUGGGAAGUAGCACUUCAGAAAAACAUUGAAGAGGAAUUAUAUGCAUCAUCAUUUGAAGAGGGUAACUUUGGAGUGGAACAUCACUUGCACAGGGGACGCGCACUAGCAGCUUUCAAUUUUCUCAUUGGAAAUCGAGCACAGAAAUUGAAUUCACUGGGGCAUGUCCAAGAGCAAAUUGGGAAGUCUUCACGAGGUCAAUCACAAGCGUCCUCUGAGAUUCAGGUGUUGCUUUCACAGUUGACUCAGAGUGAAGAGAAGCUUCUUAUUUCUGUAAUACCACUUGCUAUUAUGCAUUUUGAGAAUAAUGCUUUGGUGGCAUCAUGUGCCUUCCUUUUAGAGCUUUGUGGAUUAUCUGCUAAUACACUUCGUGUGGAUGUUGCUUCUUUAUGUCGGAUAUCCUCAUUCUACCACAGCCUUGGGUUGAACGAACAUUCCACUCUGUCUAAAUCUCAUGAUGUCACACGAUUUUCUAGUUCUUUUGAAGAUCAUGUUGCAACUUCUCUUGCUCGUGCAUUAGCAGAUGAAUACAUGGAUGCUGGUUUGGGAAUCCUAGUAGAAAGGCAUGCAGAUUCUUCUCUUAAGGAAUUAACCAAUCACAGGCUCUCGAGGGCCCUCAAGGCUGUCCUCCAGCAUCUGGAAAAGUCAAGCCUUCCAGAAGCAGUUAAUGGUCAGUCUCCUGGAUCAUGGCUUCUCACUGGUGAAGGUGAUGGGCCUCAAUUACGUGCUCAGCAACGAGCUGCAAGUGAGCGCUGGUCUCUAGUUACAACUUUCUGCCAGAUGCAUCACAUUCCCAUAAGCACCUUGUAUCUUUCAACCCUUGCAAGAGACAAUGAUUGGGUUGGCUUCCUUGCAGAGGCUCAGUUGGAGGGUUGCUCAAUUGAUGUAGUAAUCUCAGUGGCUUCAAAAGAGUUUACUGAUACACGGUUGAAGAGCCAUAUCUUAACAGUUUUAAAAGGUAUGCAGUCAUCGAGGCAAAAGGUAAAUUCAGUGGCAAAUUUAGCAUCAUCAAUGACAGAUCUUCAACUUGUUGGCACUUCUAGCUCACAUGCAAUGAUGCCUACUGAGCUUUUUGGACUAGUAGCAGAAUAUGAGAAACAAAAAUGCCCUGGAAAAGAACUUUUGGUUAAAGCCAAGGACUUGCGGUGGCCUCUGUUGGCUAUAAUUGCUUCCUGUUUCCCGGAUGUUUCUCCAUUAUCAUGUCUAACUGUUUGGUUGGAGAUAACAGCUGCAAGGGAAACUUCUGCAAUAAAAGUCAAUGAUGUUGCAGCACAGAUUGCUAAUAGUGUCGGCACUGCUGUGGAAGCAACUAAUUCCUUGCCUAGUAACAGUAGAGCCCUUUCUUUCCGAUACAAUAGAAAGAAUCCUAAAAGGAGAAGAUUAAUGGAACAGUUAAGCACAGCAAAUGCUUCAGAGAGUAAUCUUGGCAGCACUAGCCUAAAUCCAUCCAGACACCUUGACACCUCUUCCACUUCGAUGUCUCAAGGUCAAAAAAGAGUCUCUGAGGUGGAACAGAAGCAAUCCACUGAAUGCUUGAUAGUUGUAAAUGAUGGAAGGGAAGAACACGAAUCACUAACAAAAAUGGUUGCUGUGCUAUGUGAACAACAGCUAUUCCUUCCGCUGCUUAAGGCUUUUGAUCUGUUCAUACCAUCAUGUUCUUUGCUGCCAUUUGUUCGAUUUCUUCAGGCAUUUUCACAGAUGAGGCUUUCUGAGGCCUCUGCACAUUUAGCUUCUUUUUCUAACCGGCUUAAAGAGGAAAUUCUACAAGCACAGGCUACUUCUUCAAAGAGUAAUAAGAUUGCAACCACAUGGAUAACAUCAGCUGCAAUCAAAGCUGCAGAUGUUAUGCUUUCUACUUGUCCAUCAGCAUAUGAACGGCGAUGCCUUUUACAACUUCUAGCUGCAGCUGACUUUGGAGAUGGGGGUUCAGCCUCGGCACGUUUCCGCCGCUUUUAUUGGAAAAUUCAGUUAGCUGAUCCUGCUUUGCGACAAGGUGCAGAUUUACUUUUAGAUACUCCUGAUUUAGAUGAUGGUGCUCUUUUAACAGCAUUAGAGAAGGAUGGACAUUGGGAAGAAGCCCGAAGCUGGGCAAGGCAGCUGGAACUGAGUGGUCCUGAGUGGAAAUCCGCAGUUCAUCAUGUGACAGAAACACAGGCUGAAGCAAUGGUAGCAGAGUGGAAAGAGUUUCUAUGGGAUGUGCCAGGAGAACAGGCUGCUCUGUGGAGCCACUGCCAAUCUCUAUUUACUGAACAUUCAUUUCCUCCUUUGCAGGCUGGUAUGUUUUUUCUGAAGCAUGCAGAGGCUAUAGAGAAAGAUGUUCCAGCUGUAGAAGUGCAUGGAAUGCUUCUUCUUGCGCUGCAGUGGUUAAGUGGAAGCAUGAAUAAGUCAAAUCCGGUUUAUCCUUUACAUUUGCUACGGGAGAUAGAAACUAGAGUUUGGCUUCUAGCUGUGGAAUCAGAGGUGGAGAUAAAGAAUGGAAAGGGCAUUUUUCAGGUUUCUUUUAUUCCAAAUGUUUCUUCAAGAUCAAGCCAAGAGAACAUCAUGGGAAACAAUGUCAGUGUCAUUGAUCACACUGCAAAUAUUAUUGCCAAAAUGGAUAGUCAUUUAAAUGCUAUCAGAGAAAGAUUUGGAGAUCAAAUUGACGAAAAAGAAUUGAGUAAGGUACAAAGUCGUAGCCCACAAAUACCAGAUGCUAGCCUCCCAAGUGGGCCUACUAGUAGCUCAAAACUAAAACGAAGGAACAAAGGACAUGUGCAUCCUAAGAGAACCCUAGUGGACAACACAGAAAAAAUCCAAAGUGAAACAGAAGAUAAUCUACCUUCUUCUACAGCUCUUCUAAGAAGCAAUGAACAUGGAGAAGUCUUUCCACUUUUGGAGGAAAACAUUAAGCUAGAAGCAACUGUUGCAGGAUGGGAAGAAAAGGUUGGAGUAGCAGAACUUGAAAGGUCUGUUUUAGCUCUCCUAGAAGUUGGUCAAAUUGCUGCAGCAAAGCAGCUUCAGCAGAAGCUUUCACCAACACAUGUGCCUUCAGAGCUUUUACUUGUAGAGGAAGCUCUCAAAGUAGCUGAGAUAUCCAAUCCUAAUAUACAGGGAUCAAUUUCACUGUCAAUGGCUGAGCCAUCAGCAUUUGCAUUAUUGCAAUCUUUGAAUCUGAUAGAAGACAUCAAUAUUGCUACACCUUUACAGGUAUUAGAAGCUAUAGCAACUAAAUGCCGUGAAGGAUGUGGAAGGGGUUUGUGUAAUAGAAUCCUUGCAGUGGUAAAGAUUGCCAAUUUUCUGGAGCUGUCUUUUUCUGAAGCAUUCCAAAAGCAGCCAAUUGAACUCUUACAGCUUCUUUCCCUCAAAGCCCAAGAUUCUCUUGACGAAGCUAGACUUCUAGUUGAUACACACUCAAUGCCUGCAGCAAGUAUUGCCCGUAUACUUGCAGAAUCAUUUCUAAAGGGCCUUUUGGCAGCACACCGUGGUGGAUAUACAGAAUCUUCACAGAGGGAGGAAGGGCCUGCUCCUCUUUUAUGGAGAGCCUCUGAUUUUUUAAGGUGGGCAGAAUUGUGCCCAUCUGAGCCAGAAGUUGGGCAUGCGCUGAUGCGACUGGUCAUAACUGGUCAUGAUAUGCCUCAUGCGUGUGAGGUUGAGCUGCUUAUUCUAGCCCAUCAUUUCUACAAGUCCUCUGCAUGCCUUGAUGGAGUAGACGUCCUUGUGGCACUUGCAGCAACUCGUGUUGAAUCGUAUGUUGCAGAAGGGGACUUCUCAUGCUUGGCUCGUUUGGUAACAGGAGUCAGCAACUUCCAUGCUUUGUAUUUCAUGUUAGAUAUUCUCAUAGAAAAUGGUCAACUUGAGCUGCUCCUUCAAAAGUAUGCAGUUGCAGAUGCGACAACAGAAUCAGCAAAAGCUAUCCAAGGGUUCCGGAUGACAAUCCUUUCAGCACUGAAACAUUUCAAUCCUGAUGAUCUUGAUGCAUUUGCCAUGGUCUAUAAUCAUUUUGACAUGAAACAUGAAAUGUCAGCUCUUUUGGAAUUACGGGCCCGUAAAGCCUUGGAUCAGUGGCUUCAGCAGGAUGAUAAAGAACAUAGUGAAGAAUUACUAGAAAUGAUGGGUUUCUAUGUAGAAGCAGCUGAUGUUUACUCAAGCAUAGAUGCAGGAAACAAAACAAGACGGUCUUGUGCACAAGCAUCAUUGGUUUCUCUCCAAAUACGAAUGCCAGACACCAAGUGGCUUAAUCUUACUGAAACAAAUGCACGGAGACUUCUUGUUGAACAGUCUCGGUUCCAGGAAGCACUAAUUGUGGCAGAGGCAUAUAAUUUGAACCAAUCAGGAGAAUGGGUCCCAGUAUUAUGGAAUCAAAUGCUAAGGUCAGAUUUAAUAGACCAGUUCUUGGCCGAAUUUGUAGCUGCACUUCCACUUCCACCAAACGCAUUUAUGGAACUUGCACGGUUUUAUCGAGCAGAAGUUACGGCCAGAGGUGACCAGUCACAAUUCUCCACAUGGCUAAAUUCUGGAGGCUUGCCACUUGAGUGGGCAAAGCAUUUAGGAAAGUCAUUUAGAAGUCUUCUCAGACAAACACGUGACGUUAGACUUCGUAUUCAGCUUGCAACAACAGCAACUGGUUUUCCAGAUAUUAUUGAGAAAUGUAUACAAAUAUUGGAUAGGGUGCCAGAAACUGCAGGUCCUCUUAUCCUGCGGAAAGGACAUGGUGGGGCAUAUCUUCCCCUCAUGUAGAAUUAUAACUUUCAGAUAGUGUGGCCAAUUGUUUCAUUCAUGAUUGGAUACAGCAGAAACUCAGAUUGUUUUGAAAUGCCUAUCAAAUUCUGUUCACCCACAAUUGUAGCAUUGAUCUUCUUGAGAUGUAUAGUAUCUUUGUCCCAUCA